AUGGCCAGUGUCGUCCUGGAUUAUACCUUCAAAGAUACCUCCGUGGCCAAUCCGGACGGCACAUUCGUCUCCCAGCUCCCGUCUGAUGCCCAAAUCGUGCCGUGGUCUGGUGGGAGUAUCCAGGGUCAGAAUCUUUUGCGGGCUGUAGUGUUCGGUCCCAGUGGGCCACUGGAGGUUGAUCUGAGCAACUACGCCGUUGAUACUACCAGCCAGUUCCACGCCAGAGUCGUUUUCAUCUACGGAGGCACCAAUCCCCCUCCCAGUGCUCCAUAUCCCCCAAGGAUCAUCCUCCAGUCGAACUUUAUCCCGUUCAGCUUGAACCUCGUCUUUCGCGAUGGCAAAGUAUGGCUUCAGUCUCAAGUCAGUGUCACUGGGCCGUCCACCCGGCUAUUCCCAUGCGCAACCCAAACAUUCAGUACGCCUCAAAUCAAUCCGGGAGUGCCCUACGCUGCGGAACUGGUUUGGGAUAGCGAAAAGGGUAUCUUGGUCACCUUCCUCAACGGCAUCGCAAUCAGCUCUCAUGGGUGUGGCCCCUCAGCAAGCGUUCAGCCGCCGAGAGCGCCUCUCACGGACAAAACGGUUUUCAUAGGAGGUCCGAAGGGUCCUGUGUCCCGAUCACAUUUUCUAGGUUCCAUUGCCGCGGUCCAAAUCGAGCUAGCUAUUCCAGGCAAUCUUACGGACCAAGUGGCGCAGCAGAAGCAAUCCCCCCAGUGGUAUAUCACGACAAAAUUGGAGACGUUGAGACCGAAUCGAGACUUCGGCCAACCUGGUGGCCCAAUUGUGCAGCAGGACCAUACUUCUACUCAGCAGUACACGGCUGGUGCAAUUUCUUACCAUCCUCCCCUCCUCAUACAUCAAAGUUCGAGGGAGGCUUUCGAAUUACAUGGAGUUUUCUGGAACGCGUACAAGAACCUCCCAGACGCACUUCACGGUUUUUUGGGGUAUCAAACCUCGGAUGAAGCCCCAUGGAACGAGGGUGGGGUCACCGGCCGGCGUGUCCGGUUCUCCAACGGCCAGCUCGAAGCAUCCGAUUCGCCUAAUCCAGACGACGUCCCCAUAUAUGCAGUAGCGGGAGAAAUCUGGAAGGCUAGAAGAAGCGACGGAGGCUUACAACGAUGGGGAAUCGCGAUUGGCCUUCAGUACACGCCGCUCCCAGAUAAUGUCGACCGGAAAGAUGUUAUCAUGCAGCGAUUCGAGCACGGAAGCUUCUACCAAAAGGACCCCUCAACCACAGCCUGGGGCCUAUUUGGGCUAAUCGAUCGAAAGUACCGUGAUAAUGGGGGACCACGAGGUGCGCUACCCAUCGGACCCGAAGAGAAGAUUCACGGCAUCACAACCGUUCUCGGCCUACCACCCAACAUCCAUGUGAUCGAGCUCGACGUCCGCAAGAGCCCCCUCUCCUAUGAUCAAGAUAUCUACUGGAGCAGCGUCACGGGCGCCCACUUCGUAUCGGGCGACAUUCGUCAACAGUGGAUUAACCUUGGCGGUCCGACCGGCUUCCUCGGCCUUCCCACAUCUGACCGUCGCCUGGAGACCCGGACCGAGUACCAAGACUUCCAACAUGGCAUGGCUGUCGUGGAGCACACUAUGAGCGGCAACGUGCGCUUCUGGGCGCCUCGCGCGUUUAAAGUAAUCGUCGACAUGAUCGGAACAGGCUGGCCGCCGGAUCCUACGGAGCCGGGUGACCCACUGCCUUAUAACGACGUAUAUAUCAAUAUCCAAAUAGAGAAGCGGAUCCGCGGAACCCCUUUGGGAACGCUGCUUCUCGACCAGCGGUAUCCAGAUGGCUCGGACGGAAAGCGUGUGUGGAAAGACUCGCAGAUUUUCAGUCUAGAUCCUCCGGUGGUGCUUCCACCCUUGAUGGUGCCGGCAAUGGGCGUGGAGUAUGUGGUCAAAGUGAGGGUGUAUGAUGAGGACAAGCCGCCGUCCGGUAAUGAGAGUCGUGAUACUUUGAUCGGGGAAGGAAGUUUUACGCUCAAUUACCAGAAUGUGUUCAUGUUAUCAACCUUCGAUGCAAACUCGGGGCGUUCCCAUGGCUCCUUCGAUAUCAAGCUGUCUGAUGACCCGACAAAGAGGGAGUCGGAACGGGUUAGGUUUGUGACGGAGGUGUUUGUAACGUAGGCUUGAGUUUCUUCUUCUCCUAAGGUAUGCAUCUGGGAACGAUUAUGAAUUGAGCAAUCAAGUAUGUCGAAC